AGUGCCUACAGGUGGCAGCAAAAACUUCCGGCAAGCCAAUUCAGGAAAAUACUUGAAUGUUACAAGUAAAUUGCGAUUAUGAGUGGCAAAACGAGUACAAAAAAGAAGGAAGAUGCUCCAUUUGAUUUAGAACAGCACUUCAUUUUAAGAAUGCCGCCAGGCCCAGCUAUGGCACUUAGAAGAGACAUUCAGUCAGGUUCCAUGGCUCUGAAGGACAAGCUGUUCAUAGACUUCCACCCAGACUCCAGACUUGGGCAGGUCAGAUAUGGUGGAGAUGUCUUUAACGCAAAGUUGGUGGAUCUUCCAACCAUCACAGAAACAUUGAAGACCACAGACAGAAAAACAUUUUAUAAGUGUGCAGACAUCUGUCAGUUAAUGAUUGCCACAACUGAAGAUGAGCCUGAACCUGAGAUGCCAGAGCUUUCUAAGAAGAAAGAAGAAAAGAAAUACAUGUGGAAUCAUGGCUUGACUCCCUCUCUAAAGAAUGCUAGGAAGAAAAGAUUCAGGAAGAUCCUAAAAAGAAAAAAUGUAGAAGAGUGGCCAGACAUUGAGAAGGAAGUGAAGCGUUUGUUCCGCACUGACAACGAGGCUGUAGAUGUUAAGUGGGAGGUGGUGACAGAAGAGGAGGAAGAAGACAAGCAAGUGGUGACAGAGUCAGGACAGACUCAAGGAGCUGGAGGCAGUGUGGGGGCUGGCUUGUCCCAGGAGAGAAAACUACAGCUAGCCACGCAUGACAUCUUUGGUGAAGUCAGCAGCUCAGAUGAAGAAGAAGAUGAGAAAGAAGUGAACAUAAUGGACGUAGACGAGGACUCCAAUUCCCAGUUCAUGCCUAACUUGUCUGGUCGUUCCUCCAGUAUGAUGCACAGUAUGGAUGAAGACUCCAUGCAGGGCGGCCUGUCACAGCUGACUUCUACACUGCAGGAAGACACCAUGGACCUUGAGAACAAGUUGUCAGAUUUGGGAAUGGAGCUGUCAGAACUUAGACAGCAGAGGGAAUCUUAUGAGGAACAGCUAGAAGAAAUAGACAAUGCUGAUGUUAGGGAGAGAAUUCAGAGUGCAUUGGAAGAUUUACAGCAACAGGAGAAUAGAAAGCAAGAAGAGGUCAAUGAAAAACGUACUGCUCAAGACUCUGAAAACAGGCUGCUCAAACUGCUAACGACUGGCCACGCGCGGACCUCUGAGAACACCUAA